AUGUAUGGUAAGUGGGAAGAAUCAUUCAUGAAGUUGGAUGCAUUUAGAGAAGAACUAUUAAUUAGGAAUGAAGGAAGCAUUGUGGAAAUUGACUUUGAUAUUGCUGGUGACAAGAAACGAUUCAAAAGGUUUUUUAUUUGUCUAGCAGCUUGUUCUGAAGGGUUUCUUGGUGGUUGUUGUCCUUAUAUUUCUCUUGAUGCUUGCCAUUUAAAAGGAAAGUUCACUGGUGUACUAGUUGUUGCAACUGAUGGUCUUGUGAUCUCAUCAGACAUGGAAAAAGGGUUAGAAGUAGCUGCGAUGCACAUUUCUCCUAAUGCUGAGCAUAGAGAAUGUGUACGAAACCUAUAUAGCAAUUUCAAGAAACAAUUUCGUGGUGAAUUCUUCAAGAAACUUUGGUGUGCGGCAAAAACCUACCGUCCUACCAAGCAUGACAAAUUAUUGAAGGACAUUGCUGAUAUAUGGAGUAGAAGCAAGUUUGAAACACCAUCCAAGUGUGAUUACAUCACUAAUAAUAUUUCGGAAUCGUUUAAUUCUUGGAUUGGUGCAACACAUUAUAAACAUGUGCUUGAUCUACUUGAUGCAAUUAGAGAAAAGCUUAUGAAACGGUUUGACAAGAAGAGGAUGUUACUGAAAAGAUGGAACGGUGUAUUUGUUCCUAAUGCUAUGAUUCGUCUCAAUGACAUCUCUAAGAACUUGGGCGAGUAUGAAGUAUGUGGAAGUGGUGAUAAUCAAGUUGGGGUGAAGUUCAAUGGAAUGCGCUUGGAAGUCAACCAAGACACAAGAAAAUUUGGUUGUCGAGUGUGGCAAGUUACGGGGUUUCCAUUUGUACAUUCAGCGGCUUUUAUUGCUUUUACAAGGGAUGUUAUUUGGGCCCAAUAUGUUGAUCAAUAUUUUAGUAUACAAAAAUUUAAAGAAGCAUAUGCUUUCAAAAUUGCUCUGAUGCCCGGAAAGGAUCAUUGGAUUAAAAAAGAUGGGGAGAAAAUUUACCCACCUCUCAUGAAAAGACCGCCUGGAAGACCCAAAAAAAUAUAA